AGUGAUGACCAAAAUGCACUCAGCCAGACUGUCAUUUUCUGAUGACCUUACUUACAGGGUUCUGCUCAGAGUAUAGAAUAGAAGAGAAGUCCUUGAAGGCAAAUCGCGCCGUUGUCCUCAAAUCGCUUUAUUAUCUUUGCAAAGCCCGCACUUCCUGCCACGCUGAAGAAUAUUUCAUCGCAGUGAGAAAUCAUUCACAAAAGAAUCUCACCCAGAAAGCAGAAAUUGGAGUGGUGCAUGCGCCUGUUGUGACGUGAAGUGUCAGCUCACCCCACUCGAAAGCCACCAUGCUUGUGAGUUCCCCCAAGCUCUGAAUUCCAGUCCAAGUGACGAGCGCGUAAACGACGGCACUUUCACUUGCUGACGGCAUAUACCGUCAUGC